GCCGGGUGUCACAGGAUUCAAGAUGGCGGCGGCCGUGACCGUGGGGAGGGUGGGAUUCAUGUCCUUCAGAAGCGGCUCUCUAAGAGUGCAGAUCUGUCGCAGAGCGCAUGCAGCAGCCGCAGCUGCCCCCAGCUUGCAGGCAUCGGCAUGUAUCAAAAAGUUUGCCAUAUACCGGUGGAACCCAGACAAUCCUGGAGAGAAGCCUCACAUGCAGACCUACGAGGUAGACCUCAACAAAUGCGGACCUAUGGUUCUUGAUGCCUUAAUCAAAAUCAAAAAUGAAAUGGACUCCACGUUGACUUUCCGCAGGUCCUGCCGAGAAGGCAUCUGCGGCUCGUGUGCAAUGAAUAUCAAUGGGGGGAACACUUUGGCCUGCACCACGAAGAUCAACACCGACAUCAGCAAGGUCUCCAAGAUCUACCCACUCCCUCACAUGUAUGUGGUGAAAGAUUUGGUCCCGGAUUUGAGCAACUUCUACGCCCAGUACAAAGCUAUCCAGCCUUACUUGAAAAAGAAGGAUGAAUCCCAACAGGGCAAAGAGCAAUACUUCCAGUCCAUAGAAGAACGGGAUAAGUUGGACGGACUGUACGAAUGCAUCCUCUGCGCCUGCUGCAGCACCAGCUGUCCCAGUUACUGGUGGAAUGGAGACAAGUACCUGGGCCCUGCCGUUCUCAUGCAGGCCUACCGCUGGAUGAUCGACUCCCGGGACGACUACACAGCAGAGCGGCUGGCGCAGCUGGAAGACCCCUUCUCCCUCUACCGCUGCCACACCAUCAUGAACUGCACCAAGACGUGCCCCAAGGGAUUGAACCCCGGAAAAGCCAUUGCUGAAAUCAAGAAGAUGAUGGCCACCUACAAGGAGAAGGCAGCCAUCGCUUAAAUCUGCAGUGGACCUCUGCUCCAUCACACUUACAUAAAACCUCUUGCUGGGAAUAACUUAUGUCCGAUAUUCUAUUUUGGCUGGAGGAUGAGCAGACCUUGCUGUUCUGAAGUGAUUUUUCUCUCUCUCCAUAGACAGAUUUGCAUGUUGGAUGUUGAAAUAAAAGUGCUACUUUGAUUAGCGGAGUUGGACCAAGAUCGCACUGUCACACUCAUCCCCCCCCCCUUUCUGCUCUGCAUCUGAUACAUUAACCAACAGUUAGUUUUGAGUGCAGCUAAAGACCCCCAAGUUUUGGUGAUAUUGACUUUUGAGACUCAAAGCUCCCUUCGUCAGAUAUGAAUCAGAAUGGAGUUCCCUGAGUCCUUAUACUCCAGUAAGAAGUUGGGAGAGGUGUUGUACAGGAGGGACUCUGGAUGCAAAGGUACAGUGCACUAGAUUAGAGCAGAAGAGAAAUUCUUUGGGGCAGAAAAUUAACAUCAGUAGUGAGGUUAGAAUCCUAUAUCCCUAUUCAGCCUGGGGGUAGGGAUUCCAUUGUUCUGAAUUUGUGAAUGAGCUCAAGUUCAGCAAUCUCACAUUGCAAUCUCCCCUUGAAGCUUCUCUGUUGAGGACUGCUACUCUUAGGUCAGCAGCGAAAUGACCUGGAAGAUUAAAAUGUUCUCCCACUGUU